GCAGCCUCGCCUUCGCCUCCCGCGUUUCCUGCCGCCCGCCCUCCCCCGGCCGGGCUCCAGGGGCUGCCUCCGUGCAGCUCCGGCAGGGAUAUCGGUUCAGAGCGCACACGGGGGCGGGCGGAGGCGGCCCGGUGCGGGGUGGCCGCGCUGAGAGAGGCGCGCGGAGAUACCGGCCCCCUCCCCGCGUUUGCUCGCUAGUUCCCCGCCUCCCGCACUCCUCUCGCUCCCACCCCUUCCCGGCGUGAUUGAUCCGUCACGGGCGCCGCCGCAGCUGCUGCUGCUGCUGCCGCCGCCGCCGCGGCCGUUCGGAGCCGAGCAAGAGCCUGAGCCGGAGCUCGGAGCCGGAGCCCAGCCGGCGCCAUUGCGCGGGCGCCGCGGGGAGAGCCUAGAGCGGGGCGGCGGGCCGGGCCAGGCCAUGCGGGCCGAGUGAGCCGGCGCCCGCACUCCGCGGCGCGGCAUGGCUUCCCCGUGGAGCUCCGGGCAGCCCGGGCCGCCGCCACCGCCGCCGCCGCCACCCGCGCGCCUGCUGCUGCUCCUGCUGCUGCCGCUGUUGCUAGCGCUGGCGCCCGGGGCCUGGGGCUGGGCGCGGGGCGCCCCUCGGCCGCCGCCCAGCAGCCCGCCGCUCUCCAUCAUGGGCCUCAUGCCGCUUACCAAGGAGGUGGCCAAGGGCAGCAUUGGGCGCGGGGUGCUGCCCGCCGUGGAACUGGCCAUCGAACAGAUCCGCAACGAGUCACUAUUGCGCCCCUACUUCCUCGACCUGCGGCUCUACGACACGGAGUGUGACAAUGCCAAAGGCUUGAAAGCCUUCUACGACGCAAUAAAAUAUGGACCCAACCACCUGAUGGUGUUUGGAGGCGUUUGUCCAUCCGUCACAUCCAUCAUUGCGGAGUCCCUCCAAGGCUGGAAUCUGGUGCAGCUCUCCUUUGCUGCAACCACACCUGUGCUGGCCGACAAAAAGAAAUAUCCCUACUUCUUCCGGACGGUGCCAUCAGACAACGCGGUAAACCCAGCCAUCCUGAAGCUGCUGAAGUAUUACCGCUGGAGGCGUGUGGGCACGCUCACCCAGGACGUGCAGAGGUUCUCCGAGGUAAGAAACGACCUGACUGGGGUGCUGUACGGUGAGGACAUUGAGAUCUCCGACACCGAGAGCUUCUCCAAUGACCCCUGCACCAGCGUCAAGAAACUCAAGGGGAAUGAUGUGCGUAUCAUCCUGGGCCAGUUCGACCAGAACAUGGCGGCCAAAGUGUUCUGCUGCGCAUACGAGGAGAACAUGUAUGGCAGUAAAUACCAGUGGAUCAUCCCGGGCUGGUACGAGCCCUCCUGGUGGGAGCAGGUGCACACAGAAGCCAACUCAUCCCGUUGCCUCCGGAAGCACCUUCUCACGGCCAUGGAGGGCUACAUUGGCGUGGACUUUGAACCCUUGAGCUCCAAACAAAUCAAGACUAUCUCAGGCAAGACUCCACAACAGUACGAGAGGGAGUACAACAAGAAGCGAUCAGGCGUGGGGCCCAGCAAGUUCCAUGGCUACGCCUACGAUGGCAUCUGGGUCAUCGCCAAGACGCUGCAGAGGGCCAUGGAGACACUGCACGCCAGCAGCCGGCACCAGCGCAUCCAGGACUUCAACUACACAGACCACACGCUCGGCAGGAUCAUCCUCAAUGCCAUGAAUGAGACCAAUUUCUUUGGAGUCACGGGUCAAGUUGUGUUCCGGAAUGGGGAGAGAAUGGGGACCAUUAAGUUUACUCAAUUUCAAGAUAGUAGGGAGGUAAAAGUGGGUGAGUACAACGCUGUGGCUGACAUGCUGGAGAUCAUCAACGACACCAUCCGAUUCCAAGGAUCCGAACCCCCAAAAGACAAGACCAUCAUCUUGGAGCAGCUUCGGCAGAUCUCCCUGCCUCUCUACAGCAUCCUCUCUGCCCUCACCAUCCUGGGGAUGAUCAUGGCCAGCGCCUUUCUCUUCUUCAACAUUAAGAACCGGAACCAGAAGCUGAUAAAGAUGUCCAGUCCAUACAUGAACAACCUGAUCAUCCUUGGAGGAAUGCUCUCCUAUGCAUCCAUAUUCCUUUUUGGCCUCGAUGGAUCCUUUGUCUCAGAAAAGACGUUUGAAACGCUGUGCACUGUCAGGACCUGGAUUCUCACUGUGGGCUACACGACCGCCUUUGGAGCCAUGUUUGCCAAGACGUGGAGGGUACAUGCCAUCUUCAAAAACGUGAAAAUGAAGAAGAAGAUCAUCAAGGACCAGAAACUGCUAGUGAUUGUGGGGGGCAUGCUGCUGAUCGACCUGUGCAUCCUCAUCUGCUGGCAGGCUGUGGACCCCCUGCGGAGGACGGUGGAGAGGUACAGCAUGGAGCCGGACCCAGCGGGGCGGGACAUCUCUGUGCGCCCCCUCCUGGAGCACUGUGAAAACACCCACAUGACCAUCUGGCUUGGCAUCGUCUACGCCUACAAGGGGCUUCUCAUGCUGUUCGGCUGUUUCUUAGCCUGGGAGACUCGCAACGUCAGCAUACCGGCCCUCAAUGACAGCAAGUACAUCGGCAUGAGCGUCUACAACGUGGGCAUCAUGUGCAUCAUCGGAGCCGCCGUCUCCUUCCUGACCCGGGACCAGCCCAACGUGCAGUUCUGCAUCGUGGCCCUGGUCAUCAUCUUCUGCAGCACCAUCACCCUCUGCCUGGUGUUUGUGCCCAAGCUCAUCACGUUGAGAACGAACCCAGAUGCAGCAACGCAGAACAGACGGUUCCAGUUCACGCAGAACCAGAAGAAAGAAGACUCCAAGACAUCCACGUCGGUCACCAGUGUGAACCAGGCCAGCACAUCGCGCCUGGAGGGCCUGCAGUCAGAAAACCACCGCCUGCGCAUGAAGAUCACAGAGCUGGAUAAAGACUUGGAAGAGGUCACCAUGCAGCUGCAGGACACCCCAGAGAAGACCACCUACAUUAAACAGAACCACUACCAAGAGCUCAAUGACAUCCUCAACCUUGGCAACUUCCCUGAGACCACAGAUGGGGGAAAGGCCAUUUUAAAAAAUCACCUUGAUCAGAAUCCCCAGCUGCAGUGGAAUACAACAGAGCCCUCGCGGACAUGCAAAGAUCCUAUAGAAGAUAUAAACUCCCCAGAACACAUCCAGCGCCGGCUGUCCCUCCAGCUCCCCAUCCUCCACCACGCCUACCUCCCGUCCAUCGGAGGCGUGGACGCCAGCUGCGUCAGCCCCUGCGUCAGCCCCACUGCCAGCCCCCGCCACAGACACGUACCGCCCUCCUUUCGAGUCAUGGUCUCAGGCCUGUAAGGUGGGAGGCCCGGGGCCAGGGCCUCGCCAUGACGGAACCACACCUGGGGCAGGGCAGGGGCGGCGGCUGCAGGAGAAGCUGGGCGCCACAGCUGGCCUCUCGGGACUGCUCGGACAGCACUCAGGGGUCACGGCCCAGGGAGGCCUUGGCACCUGACCUCGAGCCUUAUUGGUGAAGUUUUUUUUCACAAAGAAGAGGAAUGGAAAUGACUUCUUCCUGCAGUCAUUCCUCCUAUGAACGAGGAGGAGCUGACAUAUCUGAAACUUGCAAAAAAUAAUAAUAAUCAUAAUAAGUCUAGACAAGGAGAAAGGCAGGCGCACUCCAGCUACAAGUCAGCGUGUCCUCAAGCAGCCUGGGGAACAGGCUGGGGCUUGUGGAGACAGCGUUGCUGUUCUCUACACACACAUCCCCAGCCCCAGGCUGGCGCUGCACCUCCUGUCCACCAAGGGACAGCCGGGCAGAGCCGCCAGCUGCAGUGGUGGCCAGCUCAGCCCCCUCCCUUAGCCACUGUGGAGCAGGGAGUCUGCAGAAAGGGCAGUGGCCGUUGGCUGGCACCCGGAGGGCUGGGCUGUGGAGCAGGCCGGCUCACAAGCCCUCCACCCUCCCCAGGGACCGCCAGCACCCACUGAGAGAUGUUCAUUAGCUCUGAUAAAUGCCACACAAUUAACACCAUGACAUCUGUGCUGGGGAUUUGGGGUACAUUACCACUCGGAGUGCCAGCCGCUUGCUCGGCAGCAUUCACCAACAGUCUGUGAUGCUCCUGGCACACCGGCCACGUCUGGGUGUCCCGCCCCUCCGCCAGAUCACGGGGGCCAGCCACUUGCCCUACCCAUGGAACAACGUCUCCCCCAGCAAACACUCUUAAGGAAAGAUUGUGCACUUUAACCUCCUGUCACAGCCCAAGGGCUGGCUAGGAUGUGUCUUUUUUUUCUU